AUGGAAGAUGAGAACAGAACUCGUCAACGCGGCCGCAAACGAUGGACCGAGGAAGAAGAUAGCAUCCUCUAUGAAGAAGCUAUGAAACAAUCCACCACGGGAAAUGUCAGAGAUUGGCACAGGAUAGCCACCAAGCUGCCGGGGAGAACAAACAAGGAUUGUCGCAAACGAUGGGUCAACAAAGUCUGUGGAGGGUUGAAGAAGGGACUCUGGGACCCCGAAGAAGAUCGUCGACUCCAAUCAGCUGUAGAAAAGCAUGGGUUAAGAUGGCCACUCAUCGCUGCUGAGGUGGGCUAUCGGAGCCCUGACCAAUGUGCAAAAAGGUGGCAAUAUGGGCUCGACCCAAGAUUAAAGCAUCGAGAGUGGACAACGGAAGAGGACAAGCUGCUGCUUUCGCUUGUGCAAGAAAGAGGACGGGAGUGGAAGGCUAUUCAGCACAGUCACUACCCAUCGCGAUCACGGAUCGAUCUCAAGAACCGCUACACAAUUCUCAUGCGCAGACUAAACAACCCCAGCCAUCAAGAUGUCUUUCAGGAUGAAGAUGGCUCUGACACCAGCUCUGUCAUAUCAGCUGGCGACGCGAGUGAUGAUGGAACCGGCACAACAGCAGCCACAACGAUCAGUACGCAUAGCGGCUCAUCAUCACACAGGCUGCAUUCAAGACAGGGCUCCAGAGUGUCUGCUGCGUCUGAUCAAGUAGUGGCGCAGUCCAACACACACUCGCAACAUGUUGAAGUCAGCUUGGGGACGGGACAUCCGCAUGUGGAGCAGCUUGAAGCAGACUUCAACGCGUCGGACUGGCUUGACUCCUCAGCCUUCUCCCUCAUACCCACCACCACAGCUCAGCACGCAGGAAGCGUUGAUCCAUUAUCGCUGACGUCGUUUUUGGAUCAUCACAGUUCAGGGCUGCAUCACGAUACAGCUAUGAUGUCUUCAACCUGGGAAGAUCCGUUUUCAGCGUCUGCUGCCCCGCAAGCUUACCACUUGUCUGGGUUUCAUCUUUCCACAAGCACCUAUCCUCAAACGGCCGGCUUAACGACGACCACAGCCACCGUUGAUGACCAUGAUGUAGGGAAGGGGGAUGUAGAGAUGGAGGGAAUGGUUGCUUUUGACCCGACCCUCCUUCUCGCUGAUACCACGGGCACGGACAGCUAUAGCACAGAGCCUAUCCAAUCCACCGCGGGACCAGAGCAGGUCCCGCGAUCGGAACAGAAUGUGAGAGGAGAGUUGGGGUCCGGUGAUGAUGAAGAUGUGAGCAAAGUGGUCAUUGCAGUCGAAGGAUGUGAUAAAGAUACAUUGGACUAUCUGCUCAAUGUCACCAGACCAAUCAAGGGACGUGUGAAAAUGGAGAUUACUAUGUGA